AUGAAGAUGACCGGGAGUUUGAAUAUCCUCACUUUGAUGGUAGUCGUAGUUUCUCUACUUUCUCUAGCCGCUGGAAACUCUACUGUUGUGGUGACUCACGAAAACUUUCAAGGACUUAUCAAUACCAAUGAGUUGGUGUUGCUCAGUUUUUAUACGGAUUGGUGCCGUUUUAGUAAGAUUUUGGAACCUAUUUUCGAGGAGGCGGCGGCGAAGAUUCAUCAGAAAUUCCCAGAAAACGGCCGUGUGAUUCUGGGGAAAGUAAACUGCGAUAAGGAAGAAAUGCUGGCCGAUCAGUUUGACAUAAUUAAGUAUCCGACGCUAAAGAUCAUCAGAAAUGGAUUGAUAAGCAAUCAGGAGUACCGUGGCCAGAGAUCUGUGGAAGCCUUUGUCCAGUUUGUGGAAAAUGAGAUGGCGGAUCCAAUCAAGGAGUUCCACAGCAUCGAAGAGCUCAAGAAUGUCGAAGUGGGCGAUGGCACAGUAAUUGGUUAUUAUAUUUCCAAGGAUCACGUCGAAUAUGAUACGUAUCGCAGGGUAGCGAGCCUGAUGCGCAACGAAUGUAGGUUCCUUGUGGGAUUCGGUGAUUUGACUAAGGAUCUCAGACCACCCGUAAAGAACGCCCUGAUCUUCCGUGGUGAUCCCCCGGUUCCAAAUCCCAAGAUAUCGUAUAGUGAGUACCUAGGGAACAUGACCAGCUUUACAAAUCUAACUUCGUGGAUUGAUAAGAAGUGUAUAGCGCUGGUGCGAGAAGUCACAUUCGAUAAUGCCGAAGAGCUUUCCGAGGAGGGAUUGCCUUUCGUGUUGCUUUUUUACAACAAGAACGAUCUGGGUCCCAUCCAGGAAUUCAAGAAGGCAAUUCAUAGCCAGCUGGAGAAUGAAACGAGGGUUAAUUUCCUGACCGCAGAAGGAAAACUCUUCAAGCACCCACUCUACCAUAUGGGCAAGUCCCUGGAAGAUCUCCCAGUAAUCGCCAUCGAUUCAUUUAUGCACAUGUAUGUGUUUCCACGAUUCGAGGAUAUUCAUCAGCCCGGUAUUCUUCAAAAGUUCAUUGAUGACCUAUUUAACGGCGCACUCCACUUUAAUUACCACUUGGCCCUCGAGGCUCACGAAAAAUCCGAGUCCACGAUCGACCCCUCUCAAUUCCCGCCGGUCGCCCAUGAAUCCAAGUUUAAGGAGCUGAGGCCCUCCAAGCACCGCUACACUUUGGUCAACCGUACUAGGGACGAGUUGUAAGACCAGCUAAUAAUAUUA